CACCAGCCUGCCCGUGGUCACCAUGUGGUUCCUGGUUCUGUGCCUUGCCCUGUCCCUGGCGGGGACUGGUGCCGCACCCCCUGUUCAGUCCCGGAUCAUAGGCGGCUGGGAUUGCACGAAGAAUUCUCAACCGUGGCAGGCAGCUCUGUACCAUUACAGCAAGUUCCAGUGUGGGGGUGUCCUGGUGCACCCAGAGUGGGUGCUCACCGCUGCCCACUGCAUAAACGACAAUUACCAGCUCUGGCUGGGUCGCUACAACCUGUUCGAGCAUGAAGACACGGCCCAGUUUGUCCAGGUCAGAGAGAGCUUCCCUCACCCUGAAUUCAACCUGAGUCUCCUGAAGAACCAUACCCGCCUCCCAGAAGAAGACUACAGCCAUGACCUCAUGCUGCUGCGCCUCGCAGAGCCCGCUCAGAUUACGGAUGCUGUGAGGGUCCUGGACCUGCCCACCCAGGAACCCCAAGUGGGGAGCACCUGCUAUGCCUCUGGCUGGGGCAGCAUCGAACCUGAUAAGUUCAUAUACCCAGAUGAUCUCCAGUGUGUGGACCUCGAACUCCUGUCCAAUGAUCCUCCCUCCUGCCUGCUGCACUCAGCCAGGGCCUCCACCCUCCUCCAGCUGGUACUGGCUGGGUGCAGCCUCGAUGCCCAGCUGUUCAGCUCACACCCUCCGUCCGUCUUUGUAGGACAACAACCCCACCCUUGCUUUCUUAAGCCCCCUGUCCACCACAUCCGCAUUCCCCCGACCUUGCCAGGGCCCUUGGCCCAGUUCCUGACCCUGGCAGCGGUCCAGGACGACACUGACAAGAUACUGGGAGGCGAAGAGUGUGAGCCCCACUCCCAGCCAUGGCAAGUGGCCCUAUUUGAGCGUGGACGGUUCAACUGUGGUGCUUCCCUCAUCUCUGCGCACUGGGUGCUGUCUGCAGCCCACUGCCAAACCCGCUUCAUGACAGCGCGCCUGGGCGAGCACAAUCUGCGCAAGCGCGAUGGUCCCGAGCAGUUGAGGACCUUGGCUCGCGUCAUCCCACACCCGCUCUAUGAAGCACACAGCCAUCGCCACGACGUCAUGUUGCUACGUCUAACCCGGCCCGCGCACCUCUCCCGGCAAGUGCACCCCGUGGCGCUGCCCACAGCGUUGCCCCCAACCGGCCGAGGCCUGCGUGGUGUCCGGCUGGGGGGUGACUCCGGGGGACCCCUGGUCUGUAGGGGAGUCCUGCAGGGCAUUGUGUCCUGGGGUGACGUCCCCUGUGACACUACCACCAAGCCUGGUGUCUAUACCAAAGUCUGCAGCUACUUGGAGUGGAUCAAGGAAACCAUGAAGAGGAACUAA